CCGCAUCAUCUAAGAUUAUGGACAAGCCCAGCCUAACGGUUUGAAGUGUCACUUUGAACGCCUGCUAAACAUGCUUCCAUGUCUUAUCUGCCAGCCAAUUCUUCUCUGCUUCCUACUCCCCUACUUCCUCUAGUUACCGGGAAAAUCUUCGCCAUUGCGCAGAUUCAAAUUUGGGUUUAACUUCCCGUGAUCGUGGACGAUGAGCAAUUCAUCACCAGCUCAUUCUUCGGUAUCUGCAGCCACCAGCGCCGGAGGUGGAGGUGGACAGGGUGGAAGCAGCAGCAAUGCUGCAUUGGCUUCCGACGAUAACUCAUCCUUCCAUUUCCCUACCGAUCUCAUCUCUGCUCAAGAUCGCAAGGAAGAAGCACUCCUUGUUCUGAAAAACGAUUUAAUGUCUGCGCUUAACAAGGAGGUUAAGUCCAUAGAUGAGGAUAACUGGAAGUUUGCCGGACCUCGCUCCCAAAUCCACCUCAUUUCAAGACCAGGUGGGUUUCUACAUAAGCAGACAGAAGCUGCAAAGCAGUGGAAUUUGGCUCAUCCAAAAUGAUCAGUUUUUAAAAUGUUUUAAGUGUGAGUGCUUGUAUGUGCAUUUUAUUUUGUAUCCUUUGCCAUGUCUGUAAAUGAAAAUCCGUUCUUCUUGGUGCUAUUGACGUACUUCUGCACCUAUUAAUUAUCAAUAGAUGGAUACUGGACUCUUUGUUUUCAA